UUCUCCUCCUCCACCCACUCCUCUCCAUCCAUCCAUCCCCUUUCCUCCUCCCUCCAUCCCUUCUUCCUCCACCCCCUCUCCCCCUCCAUCCAUCCCUCCUCCAACCAUACCCUCUCCAUCCAUCCAUCCAUCCCCUCUCCUUCCAUCCAUCCCCUCUCCCCCUCCAUCCACGAGUGACACCAACACCUGGGUGAGUUGGGGUUCAUGGGGGUUUGCCCCCUCCCUGACACUAAACCCCUUGGGUAGGGGGGAGGGAGUAGGGUACCCGUGUGCAAGCACAGCCAUGCAUGCAGGUGAGAAGAGGUUCCUGGCACCCCAUAAUGCUGCAGCAGAGCUGGGAACGCACAGCCUGAUGGUCCCAGCCAAACAAACCAACCUCACCUCCUGUUCUUCCAGCACAUCUGUAGGGCUGACCCUCAAUCUUAAUUUGACUUCAUGGAGAGGUUCUGCCACACUCUUCAGCCCUUUCCAGAGCUCUCUGGGCACUCACAGCUGCUGGAAACUCCCCAGAGGAGCCAGGGCAGCCGCAGCAUCCCAGCAUGCUGAUGAACAUGCCCAGCACUCGCUGGGCUGGGGGCCUCUCGCUUCUGGGGCUGGGGGCACACACAUGUAAUUUUAAAUGGGACUAACUGGAGACAGACAGGCUGAGAACUUCAUUAGCAGUCUGCCCGGCUCUAAAGAGAUUAGCCAGGAUGCUUUGUUUGGCAUAGGGGUUUGUCAGCGAUGAUGGCAGCGAGGGCACCCUCGCCUAGCUAGGCAACAGCACUUUCCCAUGGGAACCCUGCAGGAUUGGGCCCCGAAGCAGCUUCUCAUGGAGCCGGGACUUCCCAGAGGCUGCCACCAGGCCGAUGCCAAGGGUUUCAAAGGAGGUUGGCUGUCCUGGUAAGGUGCCCCUGAAGCUGCAGGGGCAGUUCUUGGUGCCACAGCCCUUAGUGGGUAGAGGCUCAGCCUGGCAUCCACGGCUCUGCAGCCGUCCCUGUCCCCUGGGAACACACUGGACGUCACCCCUCUGGCCCCAGCCCUCGAUAGGUGCCAGCGGCCCCGUCAGCCCUCCCCAGGCCUGCCCCACCAACAGUGGGGUGCCUGCACCUUCCCCACCACCCCGGAUGCCCACCCUGCUCCUGGGUGCCCCUGGUAGCUGGAUGCCCCCUAAGCCUGGAUGCCCAUCCCACACCCCAGGUGCCUCCCAGCCUGGAUGCCCACCCCAAGCCUGGAUGCCCACCCCAGACCCGGGUGUCCCCCCAAACCCGGGUGCCCCCCCACGCCGGCCCGGGCCCCGCCUGGGCACCCCCGGACUCGCUGUCCCAUCAUGCCCUGCUCCGGCGCGCCCCGCACCGCCGCGGCCGCCCCCCGCAAGGCACGCCGGGACAUGUAGUCCGUGCACCCCGCCCCCUCCGCCGGCCCCGCCCCUCCAGAGCCCGGAGGGGGGGCGCGCCGGGGCGAGGCCGGCUUUGACGGACGCGACGCCGAGCCUAUGGGAGGGGCGGCACUCAGGUCGGGGGCGGGCCUUGCCGCUGCUCUCCCUCGGCCCUGCACGGCAGCGCCAGGCGGAGGCUGCGGCCGUGGUAGCGGUGGCGCGGCUCGGUCGCGGCCCUGAGGUCCCCAGCGCGUCCCUCGGCGGAAGAUGGGAGGCGAGGCGGCGGGCCGGCUGUGAGCGGCGGCGCGGGGAGAGGCCCGCGGUGUCCCCGGUCCCUGAGGCCGGCGGGCGGAGGAUGCGGACUGGGCCUCCCGGCCGAUGAGAGGAAGGAUGGGAACCCAGGGCAGCCCGGUGAAGAGCUACGAUUACCUCCUCAAGUUCCUGCUGGUGGGGGACAGCGACGUGGGGAAGGGGGAGAUCCUGGAGAGCCUGCAGGACGGCGCCUCCGAGUCCCCCUACGCCUACAGCAAUGGAAUUGACUACAAGACCACUACUAUCUUAUUGGAUGGCAGAAGGGUCAAGCUGGAACUCUGGGACACCUCAGGGCAAGGAAGAUUUUGCACUAUUUUCAGAUCCUACUCUAGAGGAGCCCAGGGAAUUCUCUUGGUGUACGACAUCACUAAUCGCUGGUCCUUCGAUGGGAUAGACCGAUGGAUAAAGGAAAUAGACGAGCAUGCCCCAGGCGUCCCUCGGAUCCUGGUGGGAAACAGGCUUCACCUCGCCUUCAAGCGGCAGGUGCCAACGGAGCAGGCCCGGGCUUAUGCGGAGAAGAACUGCAUGACGUUUUUCGAGGUCAGCCCACUGUGCAACUUCAACGUCAUAGAGUCCUUCACAGAAUUGUCCCGUAUUGUCCUCAUGCGGCAUGGCAUGGAGAAGAUCUGGAGACCCAACAGAGUAUUCAGCUUACAGGACCUCUGCUGCCGAGCCAUCGUUUCCUGUACCCCAGUCCACCUCAUCGACAAGCUGCCGUUGCCUGUCACCAUCAAAAGUCACCUGAAAUCCUUCUCGAUGGCCAAUGGGAUGAACGCGGUGAUGAUGCAUGGUCGGUCAUAUUCCUUGGCCAGCAGUGGGGGUGGGAGCAGCAGCAAAGGUAACAGCUUGAAGAGAUCCAAAUCAAUUCGUCCGCCCCAGAGCCCCCCACAGAACUGCUCACGCAACAACUGCAAGAUCUCUUAGCAGGAUGGACACACCGUGAGCUUCUAACGUAUCCACACCCACCCACCGAUGUACAGCUGUUUGCACACUUAACCCUUUUCAACUGGAUCCUUUCGGAUGGGCCGCGGUUGCUUUUCUGAUGGCACGCACAAGCGUUGGGAAUGUGCUCACGUUUUGGUUUCGCACAGAAAGUGUGGUGCUGGCUGGAUCUUGUAGCGCUGGCAGGGAGAGAACUCUGCCAAGUGACCCUCCAAGAAUGCUUUGGGCUUUGCCUUUCGGCCUGGGGUGGAAAAUUCAGCAGCUGCCGGGUUGGGGAGGGGGGAAGGGGAAAAAGCUCAUCCAGGCUCAAUGGAGAAAUGGAUUUAAUGGAAGAUUGAGAGGCUUAAGGGAGUAGGCAAGGAGAGUCUGUGCUGCAACUUUAACUCUUGGACUCCUGAACAGAUUGUUGGUGCAAUAGUGAUCAUUGGAUGUAGGAAAAAAAAGCAACAGGGAUGGGAGACUAGUGACAGUUUUCACCGGGAUGUUAACCUGCUGUUGCCAAAAACAAAGAAAACAAGGCAAGAGUUGGCCAAUUGGAAAGGGGAGGGAAGCAGUCUGCUUGCUGCCUUCAUUUAUUUAUGUAAAUAGUAUACAUAUUAUAUAUAUCUAUCACUUGUUUUUUAAGGUUUUUUUUAUGAAGCAGUCAGGGAAAAUUUUAUGCAGCCAUGUAAAUACAAGCACUGGAUUAACUUUCCCAGUGUCAGCAAAAGGAGAAAAGUGGAGGAUUUUCCAAUGAAAAUACACAAAUGCUUUAAGAGACUUUCAAUCACCACCUGGGCUUGUGCUGGGUUUUUUUAAAAUACUACAUAUGCAGAAGGAAAGAAUGUUUUGUGUGAAACAUACCCUAAGCUGCUUCAUUCUGAUCAUUCUCUAAAACUUGUCAGUGCUGAAGACAGGGUGGGAUGUAAGUGGACCGAGGGGCAGAGCGGAGAGGCCAGGGUCUUGGGGUUUGUUUUUGGCAGGCAGGACAAAGAGGCAGCUCUGAGGUCAGACUGAUGCCUUGCUCGCUUUGCGUCUUCUGAUGCAUGGCUGAUCGGGGACUGAGGAGCUGAGGGUGGAAGCAUCGCACCUAAAGCAGAGGGGAAGUGCUGAAUUUGUCCCUUAUUGCUGCAAAGCCUCAGCCGUCGCUUCCAGAGCCCUCCACCCACGACACAGCCCUCUGGACCCUGACACGACACCACCCCAUGCGACAGCCCCUGAAUCCUGGCUGCUUCUUGCUUUGCUUUUCUACAGACAUUCUGCCUGAGCUAGCAUUGCUGUGGCUCCUCCUGGAUGAAAGUAGGGAAAGGACAGAAGCAGCUUUUCCCACUGGAGCAUGAAGGGAAGGAGCAGGGAAUGGGAAGGUGAAAGGUUUGUGUGGGAAAACAACGAUCCCCAGGUCCCAUUGUGGCAAAUGUGCUUGGCUUUCGUGGCAGCACCAGGAAAUCAGGAAAGCAAACUGCUUUGCUCUGCAGGACUGCUCCUGGAUUUUGGAGGGACAUGCGGGCUCAACAGCAAGAGCUUGAGAUGUGCAUGUGCUGUUGGAGAAGAUCUUGUCUCAAGCAAGGGCAUGUGUGUCUCUGGCUUCAUCCCAUGGCUGAUCUGUGCUGGAUCAUGGCUGGAUACUUAGAAAUAACUCCUAGCCCUUACUGCAAAAGCUAAGCGGGGCUUGGCAGUGGGACUAAGCUAUGUCAGCCGAUUCUUGUAGGCAGCUGGGAUGUGUAGAUUGUGAGUAGCAUGGUAGAAAGUGAACUGCUUUUCCUUGUGCUGGGCCACUCUCCUCAGCAAGGAGCCCAAGCUGGUUCAGUGCUGCCAUAUUCCUCCUGGUGUUGGCAGCUCCUCAAGGCAUGGGCUUGCUCUUCUCCCCCUCAGAGCAGCUUGUUGCAUUGCAUGGGCAGAAUGAAGCCGCAGCAGCUCCUGCACGGCCGACGGACCUGCUUUGUUCAGGCAGCAGGCAGGGGCACAUCCCUCCACAGGGAACACCUUCCCCUUGCUUCUGAGCCGACCUGGGAGGUGAAGGAAGCUUCCCCCUCCCCAUGCUGUAGAACAAAAUACAAUAGAGGGGUAGGUCUCUUGGCUCAGCUCUAGCGUGCUUUAUUGCCCAGCUCAAAUGAGUGAGGAGAGAAUUAAACCCCAGGCAGAUGGAGGGGGGAGAAGAAUCCUUUGUAGUGGUGGUUUGGCUCAAGAGCAAAGCCGCAGCCGAGCUCGGCAUGGUGGCGCAGAGGCUGGGGGAUUUCGAGAACCUGUCUGGGAUGGCUGGCACCUGUUUCCCAUCACUUAACACACAGCAGAAGACAAUCGCUGGCUCAGCAGCCUGGGGAUAUACAGCCAACAGGUGAUGCACCCCGGCACUGCAAAUCGACUUCUCCUGGAAAACAUCAUCCAGGCACCGCGGGGCCCCUUUGCCGGGCUCCUCCCGGGCACCGGUGUGCGGAGUGAAGAGGGACGAAGGCUUCCUUCCUGAAAUCGCAAAGCUGCUGCAUGUCUAGAAAAACUUGAUGUACCUUGGCUUGGUUUGGCUUUGCCAUGUGUGACACCUCCCUGCCUUUUCCCCUGCAGUUGAUUUUUUUUUUUUUGUUUUUCACCGUGUAAGGUCUCAACAGAUCCUGUCUGGAGUGAGGGUGAAAGAUUUACCUGGAGCAUUUGCUCAGCAAAAAACUUUUUUUUUUUUUGUUUAAUUUAAAAGAAAAAGGUUCUUGUAUCUGAUAUCAACACUAGUCUGUAGCUGCUCUCCAACACUUGUACCAUUCCCAAGUUUUUUUUUUUACUUUUUUUUUAUUCCUUUGUACAGUCAGUGUUGUUCAAUUGAUUAUACAUGGGUUUGUUUUGUAUAAAUUAAAGUCUUUUUUGUUUGUUUGAACUACA